CGCAGCAGCGCUGCGCUGCUUCUGCCAGCUGCAUUUAUUUACUAAUCACUCGUUAAUGCUCAAUCCCUUUAGAAACACUCACCGUGCCCUGCAGUUGAUUACUGUGUAAAAAAAUGCGCGAUACGUUAGUUUUUCUAUUGAUUGCUGCCUUGGGGACUUGUCGAGCGCAGUACGAAGACGAUCGCCGGCCGCCGUAUGAAGCAGAGGCGGGCCGCGGCCGGCACGGGCACCGGUCGCAGCAUCCCGAGUACGUGCGCGUGGAGGUGGAGCUGCUGAAGAUGAGCAACGAGGGCGCCAUCGACCACAAGAACGCCUACUGCGACCUCAACGGCAACGCCUGCGACCCCGUCGUCCUCGCUUCGCUCGACACGGAGCACUCGUUCAAGGAGUGGCCGGGCCCCUCGGACCCCGCCUUCUGGAGCGAGGUGUUCCGCGUGGACAACACCAACAGUCCCACCCUGAACAAACUCCUCACCAAGGACUCCUGCGGCCGGCCCUUCCGGAGCGCGGUGGCCCGCGUGAUCGCCGAGGACCUGGACCACUGGGACGCCCGCACCUUGAUCAACCACUGGCAGUGCCCCGUCACCAAGGCCCUGGUGGCCGGCAGCCGCGACGCCGCGCAGUGGAGCGGGCCGCUGCCCUGCAUCUCGCGCUAUCGUCCCGUCGAGGGCAAGGACGUCAUCACUUUGACCUUCCGCUACAAGGCCUACCAGAUCGCGCCCGGCGAAUGCCAGAGCAAUCCCACCUCGACGCUGCGCCCCGGGGCGGUCACCAUGACGACACGGACCACGCGGCCGCCCACGUCCUCCCGCAAGACCGUCUGACCGCCAACUAUCAUCCCAUCACGUCACCAGUUUAAUCAACUGUUUUUUUCUACACUGCCAAAAUCUAUCCACUGUCAAUGAAACUAAUCAUAUGAACAGUCGGAAGAAUUUUUAACCAUAUUAUGUCAAAUAAAAGAAACCAUCACAAAAAGCAUUUAGUCACUU